AUGGGCGAAAGCUUAAACAAACGCAUAGAAAAUUUACGUAAACAGAGCAGACUUUUGUUAGCGCAAGCAGAUAAGAAUUCUAAAAAAGUUAAACGUGAAAUUAAAAAAAUAAAUUCGCAAAAUUUGUCAUUUGGAGAAAAUUAUAGAGAUCAUGUUGGUGAAAGAAAUUCAUGGAAAUUGAGAAAUGAUUCUAGUGGAGUUGCUGGAGCCUUAUGUCAAAAUUAUUACUGUAGUAGCCCAAAUCAGACACUUACAUCAAUGCCUAAUAAAUCAACCAUCAAGAGAGUACUAGUAUCCUCAAAGAAACACUCUGAAAAUCAACAUUAUUCAGAAAAUAUUAGUAGGAAGCCAGUAAAAGAAUGUUAUUGUAAUAUUGACACUAAAAAAGUUCAACUAAGGUCAAGAAGAACACAACACAAACAAAGUUCUCCUUGCAAAUGCUGCAAAAGUCAUGUUAACUUCACUGCAGUACCAGUAGAAUACAACUUUGAAAAACCAACUGUAACUUCACCAAUCAGUUGUGAAACUCUGAGAAGGGUAGAAAAAAUAGACUAUGCACCUAGAUCCCAAUUUUUGCGCAAUGUCAGAAGUAAAGUUUCCCUACUGCAAACAGCUGCAGCAACAGGAGACUCUCCAGAGUCCUGUUCUAGAUCACAACAUUAUCAUGAAUUCAUGGCCAGAAAAAAUAUACACAAUGCUGAUCCCAUGCAUCAGCUAAGAACUGAUGAUAAAAAAUCACAAACCAGCAAUCACCUAACAAAAUAUAUACCUGUAAGAUCUGAAACAACGGAGGAAUCUUCCAGCUCUGAAGCUGAAAAUAUAGAUAGAUCCAGUAAAGGAGUUCACGUGCCCCUGAAAAAACAUUCAAAACCAAAAGUUUUAGUCAAAAGAACUCUCUCCUCCAAAACUUCUGUACCUGAUGUGAAAAAGACUAAACCAAGUUCAAAAGUAGCAACUAAGAGUAAAAAAACAGUAUCUAGCAAAGAGUGUCAAUAUUGUGACAAGAAUAAACCAGAACAUUCCAAAAAUGUAUUGCAAAGGGAUAAUUAUACUGAAUCGGAAGAUUAUCAAGGUACUGUUUGUACAAACAGGUUACCAAAAGAAAGUGACAGAGAGUUUCUUUCUGAAAGAGAAAUGAGGGAACUAAAGAAAUUCCGCGAACAAAAUUACUUUGACACUCAUGGAUCCAAUCACACUUUAGUAUCAUCCAAAUCUUCUGGUUCUUUGGAACAGUAUUUAUUAAAUGACAGAUUGUUUCCUGAACAUACAGGAAGGAUCCACAAGAAAGACCUUGUUGUAACAAUGCCACCUUGUGCCACUACGCAACGUAAACGGAUACAUUAUUUCCCGCGAUAUAUCGUUCGUCAAGAGAAGAGCAAUUUUAACGGAAAUUGCAAGAAGAAACGCUGUCAAACUUGUCCUUUGACUGGCCAUGCCAUAGACCUUGGAAUAACUAAAAUAAGACCUCCUUUGAACAGUUUAGCUCUUAAGUAUCAAAAACGAUUGCCUUGA